AUGGGUGGGAAAAUACAGAAUAAAUUUCUGACUGUUGCUCCCUUUGAGUGCGCCUGGCAUGAAGAACUGCGAUUCAGUGAGGCUGGGCGCGGCUGCAUCGCCUUCGAAGCUUUUGCACACAAUGAUGUCACAUUGGUGUUCAGGGAACAAGUGGGUAGUCAGCACUACCACUAUAAAAUGGACAACAGCCCGAAUUACACUGUCAUUUUGGGUAGUCACAGGAACCGGCGCUUGAAGAUUGAAGUUGAUGGCCACACAGUUGUUGACAUCGCUGGAAUCGUGUUAUGCAGUUCCUCGGCAUUUCAAAGUUAUUGGAUAAGCAUCUAUGAUGGACUGAUUAGUGUCGGGAAGGGAAGGAAUCCAUUUCAAGAUCUUGUCUUCCAAUGGCGUGAUUCAAAACCCAACUGUAGAAUUCAGUAUGUGGGACUCAGCAGCUGGGACAAGCAUGUGGGGUACAGGAAUGUCAAUGUCCUACCCCUAACACAGCAUCAGAAUUUUCUGGGAUUCCAUAUUGAUCAUAAAGAAGAUGACAGAGACGAUAAUGAAGAUGCUGACAGCAUAGAGAGGCAUGAUGGACAUGAUGAAUGGGGACUAGGGAACUUUCUUGAGAGUUGGGAGCUGUCUGACAUUUUCUUUAUCGUUGGUGAUGAGGGACAGGUCGUCCCCGCGCACAGGAUUAUCUUAUCAGCGUCAGGGCACUUUAAUUACGGUCCAGGGGAAUGCUUUAUUCGCCUUCCUUCAGUCUCAUACCCUGCCCUCCAUGCUUUCCUGGAGUACAUCUAUACGGGGCGGACCCAUGUUAGUCACGUUUCUAUCCUUCUUUCUGCUAGUCAAAAAUUAUUCUCUCUCUACGUAAUGCCAAUUUCCACGUGAUUUGUUUCUUGGAUUUUCUCUUAUUAAAAAGAUAUAUUUUUUAUUUUCUUGUAGAUUAUCGAGUCAGAUCUGUUUUCUUUACGUGAUUUAAGUGUGCGAUUUCAAGUCACGGCACUAGUGAAGCAUUGUGAAGAAACUAUUGAUCGUUUUAAGACGAACAAGAAGCUGUUUGACUCUGGAAAGAAAGUGGAAUUAACAAACUUUGUUCAUCAGAUUCAGUACUAUGGCAAUUUCCCAUGUGGGCCCCCUCUGGAUGUUCAAAAGCUUCAGGGCUUUUUUCUGAACGGUGAUUACAGUGACGUGGACAUUUUCAUUGAUGGUCAUGGUCUUGUUGCCCGUGGCCACAAACUAAUCCUUAGCAUAUGGAGUGCCCCGUUCACCAAGGUGCGCUUAGAUUGUCUUACACUGCUUGUUGGUUUUGUGGCAAUUGACAAGACCUAUUUCUGAUUCUAGUUAGCCUUGCAUGGUUGCAUUCUAUUGUACGGACCCAGGAAAAAAAAAAAAUGGUUUCCUUUUUGCUAGCAGCUCCCCGACCCCAGAAAUGCCUUUAACUCUUAUGAUGUUUCUGCAGAUGUUUACAAAUGGGAUGCUUGAAAGCAAAGCUUCAAGGAUCUCGUUAAGUGAUGUUUCUGUUGAUGCUUUUCUUGCUUUGCUCCGGUUCAUGUAUGGUGGAAAGCUUGAAAUGGAAGAUGAAACUAGAAUUGGAGCCUUGUUAGUCCCACUUCUUUUGUUGGCAGAUCAAUUUGGGAUUAAACGCCUGCACCAGGAGUGCUGCAAUUACUUUCUGGAGCAGCUCUCUGAGGUAACUAAUUAUCAAGCAUUUCCCACUGCCGAUUGCGCUUAUCAUCAUACUCAGUUAUGUGACAGUAUGCCCUUUUCUUCAUGUUUCUUUUCAAAUGCUUGUUCAUGAGGGGAGAAAUACAAGAGCAGUGAGGUAACUUGUUCGUACAAUCGUGGAGUGCCUAUUGUGAUAAGCACACUAAACAUCAUUCUCAAGUUUUAAUUUUUCGUUUCACUGAUAAUUUAUUGCAUGCCUAUCAAACUUUCUAUUUUUAUCUUCGGUAAGGACACUCUCAGCUGUGUAGCAUUUCCAUCCUUCGUAGAUACUCUGACAAGGUUUUUAAUCGCUGAAUAGGUUAUUGAAGAACUGAUUUUUUGAUUAAGUGUAUCAUAUCUAUUUCAGGAGACAGUUUCUAAAAGGUGCCAAGUUGUGUUUCAUUUUCAUUCAAUUUUUUUUGUAAACCCAUGCAUCAGUUUAUAUUCUUGAAAGAGAAUCAGGCAUGUAGCCUUAAUAAAAUGCUUUAUCGCAAAUAAUUUACCAUACUUGUUAGCAUGGAUGCGGAGUUUAAGAAUGUUGUGAUGCGCUGAAAUAGUGAAUAUUAUCUUAUAUUAAUACAUUUUAUCGGUAAAUAAAUGCAGGGAUGGGGUUAUCUUACUGGAAGACGCUGAUUCAUCAAGAAUCAUUUGAAUUAAGCAAAUUUAAUGGACAAGGCCUGAGAAGAUUUGGUGCAGUUGCUUUAAGUCAUCUUGAAUCUAACGCUUGAAAUUUAUUGCAGGAUUCAGUAUGUUCUAUCCUGCUAGCAAUUUCUGCAAUUCCAUCCUGUGGAUUGCUCGAAGAAGAAUGCGUGAAGAAGUUCUCCAAACAUUUUGAUUACUGCACAACCGCCAGUGCCGAAUUUGCAACAUUAGAGGAGGAAACCUUUAGAAACAUUCUUCAGGUGAGUCUGCGGUCAUCCGAUUGCGAAGUCAUGCCCUCGAUAAUGUUGAGAUUAUUCGCAUCCAUGCGUCUAGGUCUAGCUUUGUAUCAGUGUUCUCCAUUGAUAAUGUAGGUAUAGAACUUUCUUACUUUAUUGCCCGACUGAUCCAAGCAGUGGCUUUGAACAGCAUCCUGAUUUGACUGUAACAUCGGAAGAGAGGGUGUUGGACGCCGUUUUAAUGUGGUGCAUGCAAGCCGAUGAUAUUUUUGGCUGGGAGACUGUCGACGAGCUGUUGAAAUCAUCUGAAACUCACCUGUUCUUCAAGGAUGGGCUUCCAAUGCUUGAAAGCUUGCUGCACUUGGUGCGUUUUCCACUACUGCCAUCCACGACCCUUGAGAAGGUAUCAGCCCUGGCUCACGACUUGUUCUAUGUGCCCUGUUUCAGUGGAGCUGAUAUCACUCCACGGCCGUCUUAUCCUCCCUCUGUUUCUGUGGCAGCUCGAGAGAAGCUUUAUUUGCAGUAAAUUUCUUGCUCUUGACCUUCUUGUAAGUAAGAUUUAUUAAGAAUAUAUUAUAUUACUAGUUUAUCUUCUUCAGCAGCGCCCCUUACUUGGACUACUAUGGGAACUGACUUGGCAGGUGAAGGAAGCCCUUGAGUAUAGGGAACUAGGAGUGAGACCUUCAGGAGCUGAUCAAAAGUAAGAAAAACACUAACAAUCUGGCGGUUUUUCGUCGAGGACAAUUUUUAUUAUUAUUAUUUGUUUAUUUGUUUAUUUUUUUAUCUUUUAUUUUUUAUUUAUUUUGUGUGGUGCUGUUCUCCCAUCGCAAUGUAGGAGUGAGGAUAUAUAUAUAUAUAUAUAUCUUUUAUGAUGUUGCUUCCUCCACUUGUCUAGUGUAAGAUUCCAACACAGGCGAUCGAGUUUCAAAGAGCUGCAGUAUAUCUGUGAUGGAGACAGUAACGGAGUGAUAUAUUAUGCUGGAACGUCAUAUGGGGAGCAUCAGUGGGUGAAUCCUGUUCUAGCCAAGGUGGGCUCGGAUGAUUUUUCCUCUUGUUAAUCUCUGGUGAAUCAUCAUCCAUAAAUUCUUGGGUCAUUCUUACCUAAAACUCCUCUGUCUUACAAUUUUCCAGAGAAUUUCUCUGACCGCCAGCAGCCCCAUUUCCAGAUACACCGACCCGAAGGUGCUCGUCUCGAGAACUUACCAGGUAACAUGCAUAAUAAUUUCUAGAGGCUACUCACGGUGGAAGGAACCCCCGUUUAUUGAGAAAAAAACCAUCUCACCUGGCUCCCGCAGGCCACUUCUUUUGCCGGGCCCAGGAUUGAAAACGGCCGCAGCUGUGCUUGGUGGAUCAUCGACAUCGGGCAGGAGCAUCAGGUCUGUCCCAUGUUUGCAGUCGUAGACAUUUCAUUCCAUUCCCUCUGGGAAACCAGCUCUCUAAAGGACGAAGUGGGAACCCAUCAUCUUCCGCUUUCUCCCCGGAGUGACACCGGUUGCUCCGUUGCUUGCAGCUCAUGUGUAACUACUACACCCUGAGGCAGGAUGGGUCCGCAGCUUUCCUACGAGACUGGGCUCUACAGGUCAGUGAAUCCCCUUUUAGCCCCGAACCACGGUGUCUCCUCUUUCUCCUUCUUUCUCCAAACCAAGGAUCGUCUUUCAGGGUUCCCUGGACAUGGAGACCUGGACCAACUUGCGGGUGCACGAGAACGACCAGACCAUAUGCAAGCGGGGGCAGUUCUCAUCCUGGGCGAUCCACGGCCCCAGCGCCCUCCUCCCCUUCAGGUUCUUCAGGAUCAUCAUGACGGGGCCCGCCGCCGACGCUUCGAAUCCCUGGAACCUCUGCAUCUGUUUUGUGGAACUCUACGGCUACUUCUGCUGA